AUGCGGCUACCUGCCACCACGACGGAGCAGAUUUUCUUGUCGGCGAGGGCUACGUCCCUUCUCGCCAGUGCGCCCCUGCCCAUCCUCACAAGCUGUAAACUGUGGGGUAUGAAAGAGAAACAGCCUAUACUAGCGAUUCACGGAUGGAUGGACAAUGCUGCUAGCUUUGAUUUGCUGGCUCCAUUAUUAGAAAAUUCAUCGAUAUUCGCAAUCGACUUACCGGGACAUGGCUUAUCCAGUUGGAUUCCACAUGGUAUUCAUUAUAACGAAGAUAUUAACGCUAUAGCAAUAAGAAAAGUGGUAGAUUAUUUUGGUUGGAAGAAAGUUAAGUUAAUGGGUCACUCUAUGGGCAGUGUAAUAUGCAAUUAUUAUGCUCAAUUGUUUUCAAACGAAGUUGAAUUUCUUAUUGGUUUAGAUGCCUUGUCAUUUAUUGCAUGCAAUAUCGAAGGACAGGUUAAGCAACGGUCAGUGGCAAUUACAGAUUAUUUAAAACUUCAGCAGAAAAACAUAAAAGCACCACCGCAUUAUUCAAAGAAUGAUGCUAUGGAAAGGUGGAUGAAGGCAAAUUCAUAUAGCCAACUAGAUUUUGCUACAACCGGUAUUUUAAUGACUAGAGGCGCAAAAAAAGAGGCAGAUGGUAAAUAUUCUUACACUCGUGACCACAGAUUAAACAUCAGAUUCGUUCCUUUCUACACCCUAGAAACGAUAAGAGAAAUAAACAAAGUUAUCAACUGUCCGUAUUUGAUUCUUAAAUCAAAACAAUCACCGCUUCAGGCAGAGACAUACUGGACAAAUGUUGCGAAAUCCCUGAUCAAAUCUAGCAAUGACUUUUGCAUGAAGUUUCUCGAAGGAUGUCAUCAUAUGCAUCUGACGAAACCAAAAAUGGUGGCGGAUGAAAUUAAUCCAUUCUUAACUAAAUAUGAUAAAUGA